AUGAAUCCAGUCGAAAUGCUGCUUAUGAGUCGACGUAAAACUAUUAAUUUGACGGAAUCUAAGAAAAAGUCAAAACCAUGCGAAAGUUGCAGGCGGAGCAACAGUGCAAAGCCUAAAAAGAAUUCGCUGAUCAUGGACAAGAAACCAGUGGUGCCACCUCAUGGAACGAGCAACGUGCCAUCCGCUCCACCUCAGACGCUGAAGAAUCAAACCGAUGACAAUGAACUGACGUUCCCAGAACCGCCGAGUACGUUCGCUGGUAGCAGUAAUAAUGGUGGAGGUGGGACUGGUGGAGACCUCGAUUUCGACGAGCUGGCCAGACGAUUUGAUCAACUAAAGAAGAAGUAA